AUGACGAUGGAGCGCUAUGCUGCCACUUUCAUGGCAUUGUCGAGGUUUGCAAGUUAUCUGAUUCCUAAUGAGGAAAAGAAGUGUGAAAAGUUUGCGCAAGGCUUGCAUCCGAGGAUCCGAAGUCGUCCAAUACCCUUGAGGAUCCGUAACUUCACCGAUUUAGUUACAAGGGCCACAUUAGUUGAAGAAGACAUGAGGGCGAAUGCAAAGAUCUUCAAUCAAAGGAAACACCAACAACCACUUCCCAAGCCCAAUAAAAACAAAUGCGGGCAACCAAAUCAUAUGACUCGAGAUUGCCCAAGGAGGAAUGUGCCACCUCCAACUAUAAAGGGUGGCCAGAGGGCUAUUGUGCCAGCCAGAGUUUUUGCCUCUACACCAAGAGAUGCUAAGUCAUCUAACAAAGUGGUUACACGUACCCUUCCACUAUUCUCUUGUUUUGCUACUUUUUUGUUUGACCAAGGUGCCACACACUCAUUUAUAGCAAGUGCUUAUGCAUGCUUGGAUGUGAAAGUACUUGAAAGGCUUGACUGUUCGCUAUCAGUUGCGACACCUACCGAUGAGCACAUAGUUUGCGACACCAUACUUAAGAAUUGCCCUAUAGAUAUUAGUGGGAGGCAUCUUCUAGCAGACUUGGUAAUUUUUGAUAUGAUGGGGUUUGAUGUAAUUCUGGGAAUGGAUUGGUUAUCCCGAACUCACGCCUGUUAG